AUGUUAGCAAUGUAUAAUAAUAAAAAUAUGACGCUUCUAAAUAAAUUAUAUAUAUUAAACAUAGCAUUUUUAGAAUUGCUUAUUUUAUUAUUUAUAAAAAUACGGAAUAUUAUAUUAUCAUUUUUUAUACUAGUAAUUUGUUCAAAUGUUAAGGCUGCAAUAUUUCAAGAUGCAAAUAAUAUCAGUCCCAAAACGAUUGGAUAUAUUUCAGUACCUCAACCAACUGUAACAUUCGAACAUGAUGAAACAAAGUAUGUUCGACCUUUAGAUACAAUUAAUUAUAUUUUAAGUUAUGAAUCAGAAAAUAUAAAAUAUCCUUAUAAAGGCAAUAAUUAUCAUUGGAUUAUUACAAACUUUGAUAUAUCCUUAAAUAAUUCUUCUCGAUGUUUUAAAAAAAAUUUGUUAAUAAUCAAAAUGGUGGGUUAA